AUGCCAGGAGAGGUCAUUGACCGUCCCAAUCCAUCGGCGCUGCCCUCACAGCUGCCUGACGAGGUCCUUGACCUUGCAGCCAAGAUCCAGAGAAAGCCGCUUGACAAAGAUGUAGCGCAAUCGCUUGAAGACUUCCAGAAUGCCGCCUGCUACAUCGCGGCUGCUAUGAUCUUCCUGAAGGACAAUGCCCUCCUCGAGUCAGACCUCACGUUCGACCAUGUCAAGCCACGACUCCUCGGUCACUGGGGGACGUGUCCCGGCCUCAUUCUGGUCUGGUCACACCUCAACCUCUUGAUCCGCAACCACGAUCUCGAGAUGAUUUAUGUCAUCGGUCCCGGCCAUGGAGCGCCUGCCGCCCUGGCCUCUCUCUGGCUCGAGGGCUCCCUUGAGCGUUUCUAUCCCGAGCAAUAUCCCGUCAACAAGGAGGGUCUCUCGAAUCUCAUCAGCGGGUUUUCUGUGCCUGGAGGCUUUCCCAGCCACAUCAAUUCGGAGACGCCCGGUUCCAUCCACGAGGGCGGCGAGCUCGGCUAUGCUCUGGGGGUAUCCUUUGGUGCCGUCAUGGACAACCCUGACCUGAUUGUUACCUGCGUGGUGGGAGAUGGUGAGGCCGAGAGCGGACCUACUGCAGCCGCCUGGCACGCUAUCAAGUACAUCGACCCAAAGGAGUCUGGCGCCGUCAUCCCCAUCCUCCACGUAAACGGCUUCAAAAUUAGCGAGCGCACCAUCUUUGGCUGCAUGGACGACAAGGAGAUUGUUUCGCUGUUCAGUGGGUACGGCUACCAGGUCUACAUUGUCCAGGACCUCGCCAAUAUCAACGAAGACCUCGCAAACGCACUGGUGUGGGCGCUUUCUGAGAUCAAGAAGAUCCAAAAGGCUGCGCGGUCUGGAGAGCCAAUUUCUAAGCCCCGAUGGCCCAUGCUGGUGAUGAGGACCCCGAAGGGCUGGAGCGGACCCAAAAAGGUCGACGGCAAGAUUGUCGAAGGAUCUUUCAACUCGCACCAGGUUCCUUUGAAGAAGGCCAAAACGGACGAGAGCCAUCUCCGCAAUCUCAAGGAGUGGCUGUCGCACUACAAGAUCAACGAUCUCUUAACCGACGGAAAGCCGAACCAUACCAUCCUCGACAUUCUCCCCAAGACGGACGCGAAGAAACUUGGUCAGUUCAAGCCAACACAUGAGCCUUAUAUCGGCCUAGAUCUUCCUGACUGGAGGUCAUUUGGCGUUGAACGCGGUCACCAGAACAGCGAGAUGGAGGCGACGGCCAAGUUCCUUGACCGAGUCAUCCAAGACAACCCGCACACCUUCCGCAUGUUCUCGCCCGAUGAGCUGGAAAGCAACAAGUUUGGAGCUGUUCUCGAGCAUACGGGGCGCAACUUCCAGUGGGACGAGUUUUCGAGAAACAAGGGGGGGCGCGUCAUUGAGAUUCUGUCGGAGCACUGCUGCCAGGGCUUCAUGCAGGGCUACACGCUCACAGGACGAGUCGCUCUGUUUCCCAGCUAUGAAUCGUUCUUAGGAAUCGUCCAUACGAUGAUGGUUCAGUACGCCAAGUUCAGCAAGAUCGCUCAGUCGCUCGACUGGCGCGGCGACCUAGCAUCGAUCAACUACAUCGAAACGAGCACCUGGGCGCGCCAGGAGCACAACGGCUUCUCCCACCAGAACCCCUCGUUCAUCGGAGCCGUCCUGAACAUCAAGGCCGAGGCCGCAAGAGCGAGUGCCACCAAGACUUUAUUCAUUGGGACCGUCACUAACAAGACCCCAGGUCUAUCUGCCCCCCGACGCCAACUGCUUCCUAAGCACAGUCCACCACUGUCUGAAGUCGAAAAACUACACGCCGAUAAGCAUUGCCAGGCCGGCGCCUCCAUCUGGCCUUUCGCCUCAACCCCGCUCGCCAAGGGCGACCAGCCCGACGUUGUCCUCGUCGGCAUCGGCGUCGAGGUGACCUUUGAAGUCGUCAAGGCCGCCGAACUCCUGCGCACGCUGGCCCCGUCGCUCAAGAUCCGCGUCGUCAACGUCACGGACCUUAUGGUCCUCGUCGCCGAGUCGCGCCACCCGCACUCCCUGACGCGCGACGAGUUCAUAGCCAUGUUCACCGCCGACAGGCCCGUGUGCUUCAACUACCACGGCUACGCCACCGAGCUGCAGGGCCUGCUUUUCGGCCGGCCAAACAUGGACCGCAUCAGCAUUGAGGGCUAUCGCGAGGAGGGCAGCACGACGACGCCGUUUGACAUGAUGCUCGUCAACUGCGUCAGUCGGUUUGACGUCGCGGCGAGGGCGCUCCGCGGCGGGGCCGCAUCCAACGACAAGGUUAAGACGGACCUGGACCGGUUGUUGAAGGAGAUCGAUGGCCGCGUUGGGACGAUUCGGGACUUUAUCAACAAUGAGGGCAAAGGUCAGCUUUCUUCGCCGUAUGCACGCACUCUGUGA